AUGGCUCGUCUUCGCGACGCACGCUUGUUCUUGGUGGUGAGCUUGCUUUUGCUGCUCGGGCUUUGUACUGCAGCGCCGAAGAAGGAGACUCCGUGCGCUUGUAAUGAAGAUGCUCAAUCCGAUGAUGCUGAUGAGCAGUACCGCGCCGCCUUGCAUGCUGUCUUCGCUUUCAUGAAACAGUACGGAACCAGCGCUGACCAUUGGCAGUCGGAGUACGACGUGGCUUCGCGUCGUGUUGAAAAUCUGCUAAGCAGCUUGAGCGGGGCGGACACGGAGCGCAUGAACAGAGACCUUGUCAUGCUUAUGUCGGGAACGGAUCCGGCUGCUCAGAGGGAGAUGAUUUUGCGGCUCCAGCUGCAGACGGUCGUCACGGAAUGCGGAGGCUGGGCCUGUCGAGCGAUCCGCGAGCCGGGAAAUUGA